CAGUAGUAAAAAUUAUUUAUAAUGAGUAGUGUAUAGAUAAUAUUUGUACUACUUACGAUAUAAUAAGAAAAAAAAAAUGUUCUUUCUCUGAAGAAAAAUUCCGCAAAAAAAAAGCACUUCUAUUCUAAAAGAAAUAUUAAUAUAAUAAAUAAACGAUAAAAAUGGGUCAAACACUUUCAGAGCCAGUUAAAGAGAAACAUUCAGACAGUGGCCAUGACGAUCGUCUGUUAUUUGCUUCGUCUGCAAUGCAAGGCUGGCGUAUUAGCAUGGAAGACGCGCAUACUGCCGAAUUAACACUUGCAGAUAAAAAAGGUUAUAGUUUUUUUGGUGUUUACGACGGUCACGGUGGACAAAAUAUUGCUAAAUAUAGCGGUGCUCACUUACAUGAACGAAUUGCUAGAGACCCUGCAUUUCCUAAUAAUAUUGAAGAGGCUAUAAAAAGUGGAUUCUUGGGGACUGAUGAAGACUUGAGAAAUGAUUCACAAUAUGCUAAUGAUCCCUCCGGCUGUACCGCCGUUACUUCAAUAAUUACGCCUCAAAAUCAAGUCUAUGUUGGGAACGCGGGUGAUUCUCGUGCUGUUAUCAGCAUAGAUGGAAUUGCAAAUCCUAUGUCAAAUGAUCAUAAACCUGUUAAUAAAGAGGAAUCUGAUCGUAUUACGAAAGCCGGUGGUUUUGUUGAAUUUGGUCGAGUGAAUGGAAAUUUGGCCUUGUCGCGUGCUAUUGGCGACUUUGAAUUUAAACAAAAUCCAAGUCUAACACCAGAACAUCAAAUCGUAACAGCAUAUCCUGACGUCAGAAAAGAGGAUAUUACAGAGAAAACAGAAUUCUUAGUAUUAGCUUGUGAUGGUAUAUGGGACUGCCUUACCUCGCAGCAAGUUGUUAAUUUUAUUCGUCGAGAGAUCUCCGUACACCGCAAUCUUCAAAAAGCUUGCGAGAAUUUGAUGGAAAGAUGCUUGGCUAAAGAUAGUGAACUUGGUGGAAUCGGAUGUGAUAAUAUGACUGUUAUCAUUGUCGGUUUUCUCAAUGGUAAAGUUGUAGAUGAUUGGUAUGAUUGGAUGGCUUUAAGAUACGGAAAAGUAGGACACGAAUACGAAGAAAGUGAUAACAGGCAGCAAAAAGGUGAUGACUCUGAAUAUAAUGAUGAUGAUUCGGACGAAGGUUUAGAAAUCCCUGCAGAUACAAGUACAGAAGAUUACGUAACUGACGAUACUGAUCUCGAAAAUCAAAAUGAACUAACUAUUGAUGAUAUUCCCACACAACAUCGAAGAGAUAGUAGUAGCAGCUUUAGUAGCGUUGAAAGUGGCAAUUCAAGUCGUAGCAACAGCACCGAUAGUGUCAGCAAGGCUGAUAAUGAUAAGUCCGAAACUAUCGAUAGUCCUAUUUCUAAUCCACCACAAUCCCCACAUAAUUCAAAAUCACUUACGGAUGAUAAAACAACAAUCAAUGCUCCUCUUAGUCCGGGUGGUAAAACAAAAACAUAUGAUUCAGCUACUUGGCCUUCUCUACCCAAAAAGGACCAAAAUAGAAAACAAUAAAAAGAAAAAAGAAAAAGGAAGCUCUCUCUUACUUUGCAACAUUCACUUAGGAAAUGCAGAAAAUGACUAAAAAUACUAAUGGGAAUGAAUUUUUGUUUCUAUUGGUUGGCAGAUACAGGAGUGACAAAUAUUGCAUUACCCGGCAAAAAAAAAUAAACAAAUUAUCUAAAAAAAA